UGAUAAAUGUGGCAACUCUAUUUCCGGCUUUUGCAGUGAUUUCCCUAAACUUCUUAGUGACUCAGGAACAUUGCGUGUUUAGCUCUUGCGACUUGAAUAUUGACAACGCAGUUUAUUUAAAAAAUGGAGGAUCUAAAAAAAAGCAUUUUAGAUACGAUGGCAGAAAAAUUGGACGAUGGACUUAGGCUAAUGGAGAAUAGAGUUGCUAAUGUGGAAGUUAAGCUGAAUAACAAUAAUCCUGAGAGUUUCCAGUAUCAGCAAUUGCUAGACGAUUUAAAACAAAACAAAGAUGAGAGUAAACUGCAAUUCGAAAAGAUUCAAAAGGAGGCUGAAGCAAUGAGUAUUAAAAAUGCUCAGCUUGAGCUCAAAAUUUCUGAUUUGCUUAAAAAUAUGGAAAAUCUUCGCAAAGAUGAAGGCGAUAAAGAAGAUCAGCUGCAAAUUCAAAAGGAACCUGAGGCAAACCAACGACAGCAAAUGCCAGACGAUCGACAAAAUCACGAAGAAGUUUCAAUGCACGAAGUUUAUAAGUAUCGUAAAGAGAUGGACGAAAAGAAUAAUAUGUGUCAUCAGUUAGAGCGAGAAAUAAAAGAUCUUCGCAAAGAGCUAGAGGCGAAAGAUAUUAUAUGCCAAGAUUUGAAACUUGAGGUAUCCCAAGUACGACAACACCCAGAAUUUAUUUUAAUGCGACAGCAAUUGCUUGACGAUCUUAAAGGUCAAGAGGAGCUUCAUUUACGAGAAGUAAAAGAGCUUCGUAAAGAACUGAAGGCUAAGGAUAAUAUAUGCCAUGAGUUAGAACUGGAAGUAUCCCAAGUGCGGCAAAACCCAGAAUUUAUUUUAAUGCGACAGCAAUUGCUUGACGAUCUUAAAGGUCAAGAGGAGCUUCAUUUACGAGAAGUAAAAGAGCUUCGUAAGAAGCUGAAGGCUAAGGAUAAUAUAUGCCAUGAGUUAGAACUGGAAGUAUCCCAAGUGCGGCAAAACCCAGAAUUUAUUUUAAUGCGACAGCAAUUACUUGACGAUCUUAAAGGUCAAGAGGAGCUUCAUUUACGAGAAGUAAAAGAGCUUCGUAAGAAGCUGAAGGCUAAGGAUAAUAUAUGCCAUGAGUUAGAACUGGAAGUAUCCCAAGUGCGGCAAAACCCAGAAUUUAUUUUAAUGCGACAGCAAUUACUUGACGAUCUUAAAGGUCAAGAGGAGCUUCAUUUACGAGAAGUAAAAGAGCUUCGCAAAGAGCUAGAGGCAAAGGAUAAUAUAUGCUAUCAAUUGGAGAUUGAGAUAUCCCAAGUACGGGAAAAUCCUGAAGUUGUUCAAAUGCGACAAUCAUUACUAGAUGAUCUUAAGCUCCAAGAAGAACUUCAUUUGCUCGAAGUAAAUGAGCUUCGCAAGGAGCUGGACGAAAAGGAUAAAAUAUGUCACCAACUAGAGAAUGAAAUGUUCGGACAGGAAAAUGCUGAGCUUUUUCAUAUACGACAACAAUUAAUGGAUAAUCUCAAAGAUCAAGAAGAACGUCAUUUACGAGAAAUAAGUGACCUUCGGAAGGUGCAGGAGGACAAAGAUAAAUUAUGCUUGGAGAAAGAGCAGGAAGCAGCUCAACUCCGAGAUCGUCUUAAUUUCAGCGAGUCUUGCCCAAUAUGUAUGGAUCCUUGGAAUUCUUCGGAACAUCGCAUGGUUGCGUUGUUAUGUGGUCACAUUUUCGGCGAGUCAUGUGUACGAGAAUGCCUGGAAAGAAAUCCGAAUUGUCCAACGUGUCGAGCUGAAGCCUCUGCAAAUGAUAUACGUAAGCUAUUUACUCGUUCCUAGCAACUGGUUCAAUCAUGUAAAUUUUAAUGGAUAUUAUGAAUUUACCACGAGCGAAUUUUUAUGUAAAUAUCCAGUAUCGAAGUAUAAAUCAAACCAAAAAAGUUAAAUGCUGAAUAAAAU